CAGUGUUUCUCUAUAUAUAUCCUAGAGUAGAGAAUUACUGCUUUUCUUGAAUAAGAAUCUUUAAACAACAAAAAACCAAAAACAAACAAGUAAUUUUCAUAAAAAAAAAAAAAUGGCAAGCAAGGCUCUAAUUGUUUCCCUUCUCCUUGUUGCAAUUGUUGGGGUGGUUUCAGCAGCUUCAACUACUCCCUCCACCCCGGCCGCCACCACCGCCGCCGCUGCACCUGCUAACAAUGAUACUAUUGGUAAUGCCGACGAUGGUUCUUCUACAGCAGCAGGUGCACCUGGGGCUGCUUCUAGUGAGGUUGCGGCUGGACCAUUAGGCAGUGCAUCAUCAACUAAUCAGAAUGCUUCUGCUGAAUCACCUGCCAGUGGAGCCACUUCCCUCCAGGUCUCUGCUAUUGCUGGAGUUGCAGCUGUUGCUAGCUACUUCAUCUAAGCUUUUUUCAAUUAUUUAUAUACAUUUAUGAUUCUUUGUCAUGUUAAGGAAAAUGAGUACUUUCUUUAAGUUCAGCUUAUUGUGCAGAACGUGAACUUAAAGAUUGUCCAGAUAAAUUUCGUGUUUGUUGAUUUUAUGUUUCAUUUUGUUAAUUGUAACUUGAGAUUAAUUCUCUAGAUCCAUCUGAAUAAAAGAAGUUGAUUUC